UGCACCUGGUAAUAGAGAAACACAUUAAAUUUAAGACAAGCUAAAGCGUUGUAAGGAAAAUGUUGGAGGAAUAGUCUUGGCUGAUGUAAAUGAACACAAUAAUGCUAUUUCUGAGUACAAAACAAGGAGGUCCUGGUAUGUUGUGUCAUGUACUCCUGAACUGAAAGAAGGAACUGAGAGUUACCAUAAUGCCUCUGCACAGACUUUAAGUUUCUCCAUCAGGGAGAAGAGAUGAGUGUGACCUCUGACGCGUUUCUGUGUCACAGGCCAACACUGGUCACUCCCUCAGCACCUCACAGAAGCGCACGCCUUUUUUUCUUCACUCUGCGUGUAAAAACGAGCAUUAAAAGCCCCAAACUCCUCUAAAAUAACAUCAAAGAUUCCCUCUGCCGUAAAACUCACGGCCUCCUCCCAGCCGCAGCCCGGGGCCCGGCUCUCCGGGGCGGCGCCGCGGUCGCUGAGGCGCAGCAGGGCCCGCGCCGCCCGCCGCCCCCCGCCGCCACAGCCGCCCGCCGCGCCCCGCAUCCCGGGCCCGCCACCGCCGCCUCAGGGGCCGUCGCCACGGCAACGCCCCGGGCGGGAAAAUGGCGCCGGGGCGCUGAGGGAAGGGCCCCGGGGGGAGCUGUCUGUGAGGAAACCAGGAGGGGACGGCGGCUGUGCCGAGCUCCUGGCCUCCCUGCUUCUCCCGUGGGUGCUGGGGGUGUGUGGAUGGGGCAUACACGCCUGGAGGUGGCUGUGGGUGGUCGUACCUGAAGCUGAGGGGGUUGGUGAUGCCAAGUGGGAAUGGGCUCUGAAGCCCUUCAGGGGGCUUGGACGGGCAGCCGAGAACUGCAAAUGUGAGAAACGACAGAACCGGGCAGCUUGAAAGGGGGAAAAACCAAAGCAAAGUGCUGGAUGCAUGCCGAGGAAGGAGAGAGUCUAUAUAAAGCCUGAAAAACGUGAAUAGGGAAGAGUUGUGUGCAGGAGGAAAAUGGAUGUGAAAGGGCCAAAUAGAGGAAAUGAAAGAAAAAGUGAUGAAGAAACAAAUAGAAAAGGAGGAGACAGACUGAUCUUACAAUACAAUGAAUCUAAAUAAUCUAUUACUAUUAAUCACUUUACAAUGAAUCACUGCCUGACCAACAGACCUUUAAAUUUGAAAAAUGUGAAAAUUAAAAUCAAGGAUGUGAGGUGCAUGUUUUAAUUCCUAAAAUCAUUAGCAAGCACUACUGAGACUAUUUACAGUUGCUAGAGACAGUCCUGUGUUUGUUUUAUAGCACGGCAUUAAGACUCAGUUGCCAACACUCUUAGCAGAAAAUGGGAUUUGGGGAUGUCCCGAAGUGCAUUUGUUCAGGUAUUUUCAUGAAAAUCUACAUUAAAAGUUUUAGGACCAAAAGAGUCCCAGCACUGUUGUUACUUAUCCUUGUUGAAAUCAAGCAAUCUGUUUAAAAAUAGCACAACUAUUCAUAUGAGAAAAAAUACUUUAAGUAGAAUGCUCUUUAUCAUCUUCUCUGAAAAAUGACAGAUCCUUUUUUUUUUUUUCUUUGCUUUUUUCCACUGCAGUCUUAAUUUGGGGCUCUUUAUAGCUUACGCACUUUCCUGAAGUCUUAAGCCAAUCACUUAAGUCAACAGAGGUGGUUAAUGCUUAACUAAUAAAAUUGUGUGUGAGCUUCAAGAUGUACAGAAGGCAGAUUCACAAGGUCAUGAACUGAGGUAAACUCUUAGUAUUCUAUUGUUAUUACUAUAGGUUUCUUUGGAUCUUGAUAUUUAAAGUAGAAAGGAAAAAAAGCAACCCACAAACCAGCCACAAAGUUACCCUUCAAAGUGUCAGAGCUCUGUUGGUCAGAACAUGCAGUCCUUUGGAAAACAUUCACCGAUCUCCCAGACCAAACAUCCUGGAUACAACUCCAUGAAUCACACAGCUUGCAUCCUCAUAGUUAAAGACUGCACAUCCUGAUUAAGAGAAGGUAAUAUUUGCUAUUAAAGAUCAAUAUCAUUGUUCUUUAACAGGAUACUUAAGUUUUUUUGUGCCUUACUCAGGUUUAUUACCCAGUUCUGAUCUGGCAUUUCUCUGAGAUUUGACUAAGAUAUUUUUCUCAGGGAAAAUUAGAGGUCUGAGUUACUCACUAACAUUAAAUGGUGUAGGGGGAUCUUUUUUUUUAAAUAUAUGCAUGCAGAACAAAUGGAGCAUUCAAGGCUUGCAAACUGUCAAUGUAAAGAUCAGUGCCAGAUUCAUGUAGUCACAUAAAAUUAUUAAAUUCUUGGGUGAUAUUUGAGUGUAACACCUACAUAGUUCAUCAGCAUCAGAAGAGCUGCACAGAUGUAAAUGAGAGUAGAAGCUGACCUUCUGAAUUCACGUACUGAGUCACAACUUCAUCUCAAAAGCUGAUGUAAUCAUAAUGCACUUCGCCUUUACAUCCAUUUUAUCUCCCUACAAUUCUCAUUACUAAAAAUAAACCUGUUCUGGAAAGUUGGAGCAGACAUGUGACAGUGGCCACUUUGGAUAAGCCCCAGCACUCAGACUCUCCUCCCCUAUUAAUGGUUCCAUCGUGGUUCUGCUUAAUGCUCCCCAGCACCAGCAUCUGUUUUCUCCUAGAUUACCUGGAGUCAAGACAAGAAAUAAAUGCAACAGAAGAAAGCUCCCAGUUCAUUGCCUUCAGUGAUUUGAAUCAGUUUUGCUUUCCACAUCAUUUAAAUUGUACUAAAAGAGAGGACCGGGUUCUGUUUGGUUAGCUGGAAAUUCUCAGGCAUCGGGCUGAUUUUAAAUGCAGUUUGGCACUGUGGAAAUGUCAGGGUCACUCAGUGCUACACAGGCAGAACAAGAGGCUGUCUUUAAAAUUUUUGAUGCCUGCUGGAAGAUGCAGAGAUUGGUCUACCAAAAGUUAGUUGGACAAUGUUACUAUGACAAAAUGUUAUUCUACAGUUAUGCUAUUUAAAUCUGCAAAAGGAGAGGAGGCUGUAGGAAUAAAACCAACACCUGAUUGCCAUUUUCUAAGUCAAUGGAGACUAAUUUUAAUGUAAGACCUUUUGCUUUUCUUACGCUAUAAUGGAGCAACACUGCAGAGCUCUACGAUUUACAUGACAACUGAUCUACUCCUGCUGGAACCUUCAAAAUUGGCUUGUCAUAAAAAUACUAUUUUCCAGUGAAAAGGUAGAGGGUAUUGCUUUGAAAGGGCUAGCUAUGUCAGAACUAAUUAUUUCAUUAUCAAAUUGCUGCUGACGUUAAUAUUUAGAAAAGCACCCAGGAUACUUAAUGUAGCUAGCAAUGUAAAACAACAGACUUUUCAACUUACAUGUUUGUAAUUCUGUGAACUAAAUUGAGAUAGAGAGGGGGUGGUGUACGGGUGCCUACCACUGCAUAUAUUAAGCCAUAGUUUUUGCGUAUGCGGUAGUGCUUGCUCACUUCUAAGAAUGUUAGCAUUUGUUGUGUACAAUUAUUUACAGUAGGCAAAGCUGAAAGAAUUUCCUGUUAGAAGCGAAGGUGUCUGACGCUUCCCAUUACAAACUCUUGCCACACUUUCUACAUAACAGCACAAGCCUAUGGACUAUUCGAGGGAAUUUCUGUGUAUGUUUGUUAAAUUUCAGUGCCUGAAACUGUUUAAUUUACCACAUCUUUCUUAAAUUCAUAGGAAGAGCAAGGCCAGCCUAGUAAUAAAGACAUCUUCAGAAGUGAAAGAUGUGGUACGUGUCCCCACAGCUUCACUGUUUGGAAAUGAGCAAAAGUGUAGAUAAACCAGCAGCACAAGCCCUAUGGUACCUUCAGAACAACAUGAGCAGAAUGUUUAGAUCAAGAAAAUUACAGUGAGAAAUACUUCUGCUGUAGAUCCUGGUGGAGUUUUUGUGGUGACAGUGCUCAAGAGAGACAAGGCUGAGGUGCCUGUGUGUGCCAGAGUUUCAGGUCACUGGGGGAAAUCACAGGUGAAAAUUUGAGCACCUCCAGGAUUAGCUGGUAAAUUGAUGUUUUGAUGAUUUAGCUACCAUUUAAUUUCCAUUCCCUGUAAAAGGGUUUCUUUAAUUCUAAUCCACAAGGAUAUUCUGUGAUUUUUUUUCUACAGUGGGCAUUCAUUUAUAUGAAGUCUCCCUCUACUCCUUCUUUUGCAAAAAAAAAAAAAAAGAGAGAGAGAGAGAUAGGAAAAAAAAGAAAAAGAUGAACUGAAAUUUCUGAAGUAUUCUCAUGACAUGAAUCAGUUUAUGUGGUUAUCCAUCUGCAUCUCAUGGUGCUUUGACCUGGCUAGUCCAAAGCUUACCAUAUUAUUUUUUUUGUAUUCUUACCACAGGAUUUUCUCAGUUUUUAUGCCAGUCUUUGGUUUACUAACUUUGGGGAAUCUACAUUUUUAACUCAGUUACAUGAGCUAUACAGCUUACAAUCACCUGUGAAGAAAGGAGUUGGUUGUUGUGUUUUGUUUUGUUUUGUUUUUCCACGAAAUAUUACCAAGAUUGUGGGCUGCAACAAGUGGCUUGAAAAAGACAUAAAACCAGGAGUAUUACACAAGUUUAUGAUAAGAAGAAGUUAGGCAACUAAAGUUACCAGAAGAGGGGAAGCUGAACACUGCUAAGGCAUCCCUGUUGUGUAAAAUACAGCAGAAACCAGCUUACCCCAGUCUUGUUGCCAGUAUAUACCACAGACGUGUCCAAACCUGACUGAAAACCCUUCCUAUACAAAAUCAGGUUUAAGCCACUUUAGCUUAUUAGUUCUGAUAGUUUCACAAGAGUUUAAAAACACAGACUUUACACAUUAAUGGAAGAAGCAAAGUUCUCACUGUCAAGUGGUUUAAAAGUGAAGUUAACAUUAGCAAAAAAAAAGUGUCAAGUGUUUUCAUUGUGACAGAUAAAUUACUAAAAAACAUUUCAAACGAUGCAGUCUUAAAGCCUGUUUCAACAGCUAUUCGGGUCAAUUCCUUUUCUCCCCUAAAUUAAUGUAAGCAGAUGAAAACCAAGCAUGAAUUCAUGUUUUCUUGAAAUGCUCGUUUUUGUGAGGGAAGCAUGGAAAAGUGGCCUAAUGAAUCCUUCCUAUAGUAUGAGUUAAAGGAUAUGUAAGACAGUUUUAAGAUCCUGAGCUGGUGAAUUCGGAGGUAAUUCUUUAUGUUGCCACUAUUUGACUUUUCAAAAAUUGUGAUCAUCCUGUGAAUUUAAGAGAAUGCCACCACAAAUCAUUGGGAAGUAUAAAAGUGUCAAAUUUAACACUGCUGGGCAUAUUUUUUCAUUCCCUACUUAUGGACUAUGUGUAAUUAAAAAGAUUUGGGACUCUGUGGAAAUAACAUAGGAAUUAUUUUCUUACUUACUAAGAAAGGAAUUAAAGCCGAUAGCUUUAAUAUGAGACAACAGGAAGCUUUUCCCUGUGUCCUAGUGGCUUUUUUUAAACUCUUGGUCCUUAUCGGGCUCACUUGUCCCAUUGGUAAUCCCAUCAGCCGCAUUUCCACUGCCUAGAUGUGCAAAGGAACAGCAAGUGCUGCAGAUAAAAUGACGAAGGUGUAAAAGCUCCUGCUCAGAAGUUAAAUGAGAAUCAGACGUCGAGACAGUUCAGGCUCAGCCUUUGGCAGGAUCAUUGCUUUUAAUGCAAUUUACUAAUUAAAAAUGAGCACCAGAUUACGGAAAGACUGGAAUGAAGCGGCUUGCUAAACUAGUCUUUUAGCUCCUUGAACUGCCCGCAGCAGCUCUGGUUUUCAUUACGUCUAAUUCAUUUGAAUAUUGCCUGGCAAUUAUUAAAUCACCUCCUGAAAAGAACAAACGCUGCUUGUGUUUUCAGCAGCAGCUCUCCACGUCUAGACCGGAGCCGUUCCUCCUACAGAUGGCAAUCAGCAGCCGGGCUCUGGCAGGUGUAUUUUAUUCGGCAGAUGCACCCUAAUCGCAUUGUAGCGGAUUAGCCGGAUUUCUUCCUUUAAAUGUACACUGCGGGCUCCGGCUCGCGAGCCAGCCGUGUCUUAUCGCCCCCUUCUAAUCUGCCAGAGCCUUUUGCCUCUUCCUUUCAGCAGCUAUUUCUGUAACGGGUCGGACGGGGAAGAGCGCCGCAAUGAACCGUAAGCGGGGAAUCCUGCCCGCCUCCUGCUGCCGCCUGAGAGCCGCCGGGAAAGACCCAGAACGCAGCGCGGAGGCGGAGGAGGAGGAGGAAGAAGAAGAGGAGGAAGAAGAAGAGGAGGAGGAGGAGAGCGAGGGCAGCCGCAGGGCGGUGGCAGCAGCCGGGGCUGCGCUCCGAGGCCGGGGAGCGAUGGGGGCCGGAGGAUGACGAGCGGCGGCGCAUCCCGCACCCACCGGCGGGCCCCGGGGCCGGCCGCGGCGGGGAGGCCGCCGGGCUGAGGCGGCGAGCAGGGCGCUAGCCCCCCGAGCCACCCGCCCCGAUGGAUAAAGCCGGCUCCCUGCACAGCGCCGUGCCCGCCCCGCCGCCCCGGCUCUACCUGCCGCGCAACUUCAGCUGCAGCGCCUGCCUCUAUGGCAGCCUGGCCGAGCAGUGCAAGGGCGGCUGCAGCCCCGACGGCGACCCCCCCCCUCCUCCUCCUCCACCUCCCCUUCCUCCACCGCCGCCCGUGGUGCGGGAAGCGGCGGGCGAGAAGCCCCCGGCGGCGCCCCGGGGCCGGGAGCCGUCGGUGCCCGCGGUGCCGCCCAGCCCCACGCAGCGCCGCAGGGCCAAGUCGCUGCCCACGCCCGGCGACCGCAGCCUGCGGCCGGCGCUGCAGCAGAGCCCGGCCCGCCGCAAGACGGUUCGCUUCGCCGACUCGCUCGGCCUGGAGCUCACCUCCGUGCGCCACUUCUGCCAGGCCGACCUGCCGCGGGUGCCGCCGCCGCAGCCCCCUCCUCGCCCCGCCGACCUGCUCAAGACCAGGAAGCCCCCGGCGCUGGGCGAGCUGGAGCCGGUGCUCUUCGGGCCGCCGCCGCCGCUGCUGGAGCCGCUCUUCCCUCCGCAGCCCGGCGCCAGCCCCGGCUUCGCCGAGCGGGUCCGGCAGCACAAGGUGAGGCUGGAGUGGGUGCGGGCGGAGCCGGCGGGGCUGCGCGGCGCCGUGCGCGUCCUCAACCUGGCCUACGAGAAGGCCGUGUCGGUGCGCUACACGCUCAACCGCUGGGCCAGCUGCGCCGAGGUGCCCGCCGCCUACCAGCCCCACGGGCCCCCCGGCGGCAGCACCGACCGCUUCGCCUUCCACCUGCCCCUCGGCGCCGCCGUGGCCGCCGACGCCACGCUGGAGUUCGCCGUCCGCUACCGCGUGGCCGGCGCCGAGUACUGGGACAACAACGGCGGCAGCAACUACCGCCUGCGGGGCCGCCCGCCCUCCCCGGCCGCCCUCUGCCUGCCGCAGGACCCCGACAGCACCGCCUGGAUCCACUUCAUCUGACGGGGACCCCGCUCCCUCCGGCCUCGCCUCACCGGGCGGCCGCGGCGCCCAGGUUCACCUCACAGAGCCGCCCAAGGCACCCUCCGGCCGCCCCUCACCUCGCCCUUCCCGCCGUCCCACCCAGCCCACCCUUCCAGAAGCUUCUUCGUAAGCCACCAGAAGAUAUUUUUUUCGAUUCCGUUUACAGAUAAAUUGUUUCUCUUUUCUAACUUGGUAACGCCGCAUAGGGAUAAGCGUUCAGGCACCGGUCAGGGCGAAGGCUGGGUGUGAGGCGUUCGGUCCCACAGCAGCAGCGUGGCCGGCACACCGCCGGGUUUUGCGCCUCGAGCUCCUGACCAAAGCUGCUGCACAGUGAGGGGCUGGAAUGAGAGGAGGGAGGCCGUCAAUAUUUGUGGGACUUAACAGUGAAAAUCAGGAUCCACUGGUGCAAACAAAUGUUCGUGGGUGCUGUGCCCACAGCACUGGGUUCUGGAAACACCGGCAGCACUGCCCUGGGCACCCAUCCUCUUUCCUCAGCCGCUGAGGUGCUGGAUCCCUUCCCAGAGCCCCCCAGACCCCAGUGUCCACAUGGACGCGGUCACUUGUGUUAAUUGUUAAUUGCAGGGGACAGAUGGUGGUGUUGAACCCCAAAGCAGAUGCCCCCAGGUAUGGCUGUAUUUCUCAUGCUGAAAAAAUGGCUGAUGGGUUUGUAGCAAAGAUUCAAGUUUUAAAAUUUUGAACCCUGUUUCAUACAUUCAUGCAUAUUUAGAAAAAGGCUAAGAGAAAUAGUAUCACGUAUUAAUGGAAAUACAGCCUACUCACAGAUUUUAUAAAGCAAGCAUUUUGUGUUAAAAUCCACAUGAUACCUUCUAAAGGUCUGUCAUGCUUGUUUCAGUAGGAUUGUUCCAUAAAGCUGCUCGUGGCCAGGUUGGCAGGGUAGUCCUGAAGUUGCACCAAAGAAUUAGAGGUGGCAGGAAUUGAAUCCGUAAUUGUGGUUUGCAUCCCAAGCAACAGUUCCAGUUUUAUUUCUGUUAACAGUCUAAUUGGAGUUGUUAUGCUAAGGUAUCAUGGCAGGAGCUUGCCUUUUGCAAAACAAAACGUUCCAGACUUUUCAGAAUAAUUCCAGAAAGUGGCAGAUUUCACAAAGCUAGCUAUGUUUCCUCAGUCAGAUUGAGGAAAAGUAAUAUCUUUGCAUAGAAGUAGAGAGGUAUCAAUAAAAAACAUUGAAAUUGCAGAGUAUGUUGACUUCUGCCUUCAAAGAGCUAUUUUGGGUGUUAGUAGCAGGGAACAGCAUUUUCCUUUUUUAACUUUCUUUUUCAGGAGUUUGGCUGAAUACAGGUUGUGCUGGUGCCAAAUCUGGGUGCUGGCUUUCCAGGAUUUAGGCACGUUUGUGUUUGCAGGUGAGGGACUUCUACAAAGAUGACUUCUGAGAGUGGCAGAACGAAUGCUGGUGUCAUACUCCUGUUAUGAUGGGUUGUAGGAUCAGGCCUUCAACAUUUUGGACCUUUUGUAGAUUGUUCAGGAAUGAAGUGUAAUUCUAACUGUAUUCUUCGUGCUCCUCGUGAGGGUUAAGUAUCCCAAACAGCUUGAUUAAUGCCAGGUUCUUAUGGAACCUUUCAACUUCAGUGGAAAUGGAGGGCACUUUUGUCUCCUGAGGGUCUGGUUGAGUCAGAAUAAUUAAACCUGUGAAUUCUGGAUAAUAUGGUCUGGCAAGUUGAUGGGAAAAGAUCAUUUCAUUUAAUUUCUCUCUACUGCUUUUUCUGCUUUAAUAGAAAUCAUACCAACUGUAGCCUUCCUGUAGUAUUGGUUGCUUCGUUUUAAUUCCCCAACAAGUUUUCUCAUCAAUGUGAUCUUUAUAGAAAUAGAAUAUAAAAGAAACAUGCUGUCAGCACCUGCUGAGUAUUUAACAUUUUAGAAUAUUAAGGCCCUGAUCUUAUAUUGAAGUAACCCUAUGUAUCGCUAGCACACAUCUAUAAAGAUAGAAUUGCAGAAUUCAGGUCCUAAACUGUUCAUGAUUAAAGCAUAUUAAGUAGCAUGUUUGAUAAAGAAAGCCCAAGUGUCUUCUAGCUAAACCUAGUUUGUUCUGAGAGCCUUAAUACUGGAGAGAAGGAAGAGAACUUGUCUCCAUUUGAAAGCACUUUGAAAUACGGUGGAAAUGCAGCCAAACUUCUUCUUAUGUAUGUGUUACAGCUUUCCAAAACAUUUUUUUGCUUGGUCUGUCUUACCCACAUACUAAAGCAGCAACAGUUUUUCUGAAGCAUCAUAAUGAUGUCAUGUGAGGGAAAAAAAUUUAGUUUCUGUGUGCUUUAGGUUAACCGAUGCUAUAACUUUGUUUAUGAACGUUUAACCCCUCAGUCCAAUAUACAUCUGAAUAUUAAACCUUUUGAAGAUGUGGCACACCAGAAGAAUGUUUCGGAAAGCAGACUCCUGAGCUUUUGAGCAGUUAAGCCGAUGUUUAGUUCAACACUCAGUUUUGUGGGUAACUUUAUGGGCUUGAGUUUGAUCACAGAUUAUCAGCGGUAUAUGUUCAACUCCAGCAGAAGACUUAGUCUUCUGGAGCACUUAAAAACACCUUCAUUUAAAGCCUUGAAAGGUGAGAUUGGCCCGGCCAGCUUUGACUGGAGAAUGCUACUGAUGAUGUCUGUGGAAGAAAAUGUGAGGUAUUUUAACAGAAACCUAUCAGUGAUAUGUGCUGAAGCUGCACUGCUUUGAUUACACGAUUUCACUUCUAUCACAUUAAUUUCUUCUCAAGAUUUCCAAAAACAUGGCUAGGUGCACUGACUGUGAGUACCUGUUCCACUGGCAGCAUCCAUGUAUGGUUUCCAGUCCUUUAGUUUUCACUCUGAUGCUAUUUAGGUGGGGUUUGCUAGAAGCAUUGUGAUAAAUGGAAAUGAAAUAAAAUUAAAAUCCCGAAUAGAAUUUACAAUCUACAUAAAUGAUAACUUUGAGGAGAAAAACCUGUGCUGGACAGGGUCCUUCUCAAGUUGGCAGGACAUCAGGUCAUUUUAAUGGAAGGAGGAGCAAGACAAUUAUUUUUUUUAAAAAACACAUUUCUAAGGAACAUCGUUCCACGAAGUUAACUUUAAAAGGCAAAGUAAAAUAUUUGAAUUAUGUUUCAGGAUACAAUUUUUUCAAGCCAAUCUUUUUUUCUGGAAAAAAUGACAGCUCAGUUGUUUCUAUUUGCGUGGAGAAAGCCCAUGCCACCUUCCUUUCCAAGUGAUGCUAGAAGGUAUAGGCAAGGCAAUAACCCUUAGGUAGCGUAAUUCACUUUUAAGUAAAUUAUUCAUAGUCACAUUCAUUAUGUCUUUGGAAGUGUAAAAACCUGUCUGUCAUUUAUUGUGCAGAGUCAUAGCUUUAUGAAAUGUGCCAUCUUAUUUUAUGUGCAGUAGUGAUACUUCCUGCAGUAAGUCAAAUCGUACUGUGUGUCUGCUACACCUUCAUGUUGGCUGUUGCACAUUUAAGCUGAUAGAGUUUUUGCAUGUGAUUCCAUGCCUCUUAGGGCAAUAUUUGUGAAAUCUACCCUAAACAAUAGAAGUCCUAGCAGGGAUCAAAACAGUUAAGUGACUGUAAACUGAAUUUCAGCUAGCUAACCACAUUACUAUUCAUUAGCCUAAAAAUAAUUGAAAUGUUAUACUAAUUUCCAAUAAAUGUACAUUACUUCAGGUUAAUUAAUUAUUUUCUCCUUUUACCAUUUGCAAAUAACUUUUUGUUGUGAAUGUGUGUGCCUCAGUAUCGUAUUAAAUAGCAGAGCAAAUGCACACUUUUUGUUACUGCAGCAUGUGUGAGGGGAAGAUGCAUCACUUGAAUGAACAGCUGUCUGUUCAUACACAUGUGUGAUCUCUACAGAUACAUGAAAUGUUUUUCCGAAGCGCCAACAGGCAAACCAUCUGCUGAUUCUAUAUUUUAAACAUAAAGUAACCGACGGAAAUACUCAGAAUCUGCUUUUUAACAUAUUAUUAAAUAUAUAUUGAAAUCUUUAUGUGCCUUUCAACAUUUCCUAGGAAGAAAUCUCCUUUGUUCCUUCACGCUCCCACCAAAAGUCCGGCAAUGGCGUUCUCAUUAAAAUGAAAUUUAUACUAAAAAACUAAUAAUCAAUUCUGAUACCUGACACUCUUUCAACUGUGCCAGAAAUCCUGCACCUCUAACAGCCAGAAGAAUUUGAUCAUAUUUUCCCAUACUACAGUGAAAGGAGUUACUGUCAGAACCGCGUCUUCCUGGUACACCUCUGAAAUUAUUUAGCUAGGUAAAAAAACUGUGACUAUAGUUAAUAUAACAGAAUAUAUUUAUUGUAUAUAUUCACCACUUACACAGAUAUUCUAAAUAUAUAUUCUAUCUGAAACCAGAAGUUCUAGUUUUUUAUUAAAUUUAUUUGUGUAGACAUGAUCGUCUUUACAGCUUUACUGUUAUUUACCUGAUGCUGCAUAAUGCAUAUAUCUGAAACUUAUAGAUGGACCCAAUCUCGCUGCACAGUUUGUAUCAUGGGAUUAAAGUGUUCACUAUAGAGAAUAUUACAGAAAAUGACAUCUACCUUCCAAUUGUAUACUGCAUGGCCUUUUGGCAAGUCAUCUGUAAUUCUGUUUCCUGUAUGCACUUCAUGUGUACGUGUUCUGAAUAUACGGAAGGAUUACCUACUGAAAUUAAAACUUUUUCAACACUGAAAUUAACAUUUUACGAGCAUAUAUAGUUUAACAUAGGAAGUAAACUUAGUCAAUUUUGCUGUAAAGUGGAAAAAAAAAAGCCUUAUGUAGAGCGGAUCAGGAUUUUUUAAUGAAAGAUGGUGACAUUUUUCAAAAUGGACCAUGUUCAGGGAAACGUAUGUGUUUCGAUAGGAAGGAUUUCUCAGGUUCAGCUUAUAUGAGAGAAUUGUCCUAAAAUAGUUAGGUGGUAAGAGUACUUCUUUAAUCAGUGUACAGACUUGAAUGUAGGUCUUCCAUAAUCAAAGUGAAUUAAACUAUUGGUUAUUCCUGGGGUUCCACGUUGUCUUUAUCCAGCUUUUGAAUAUUGCUUUUAAAUUAUUUUACAGAGAGGUUUUUUAACCCAGGAGUUUCCUAUCUUGUAUGGAUAUUCUCUUCAUUCAGUUAUUGAGUUUUGUUUGAGCUUUCUGUUUUUGAGAAAGGUCUGAUUGUAUUGUUAUGCAACAUUAGACAAUAAUUUUACAUUUCAUUUUUAGGGGGAGGUAAGCAAACAGCUUUCCUUUUGGUUUUGUUUGUUUUUGUUUUUAAUAUUAAACAAUAGCAUGCAGAAUAAAACUGUGCUUGAAAUAACAUAUGCACUAGUAAUUCCAAAGAAUAUAGCCAAGAAAAAUGUCAAAUGUGAGAUGUGCUUUUUAAAAACUUAUGUCUGUUGAUUUAGUAAGGCAGGAAAAAAGUCCUAGUCUCCAGUGCAAGUGUAUUUAUACCAGGGAUUUCUUUCUAUGCAAUAUUAUGGUGCACCUGUUUUUUUAGGGAUUGACUUGAUUGCUGUGGUUGCUGUAUCAUUGUGUUGUGUGUAGAAUAUUUUGUUAAAGUGUCAUUAAGGAAACUAUGUCUUAAAUGGUGUUAUAUUUUUAGGCUCUUUUUUGUGCAAUCUGACUUCACUAAAUCGUAAGCAUUCUCUGAGUAACAGUAGCAAGACAAUAUUUCAUACAAUUAUGCAAGUCUUGUGCGUUAUACUUUUCUCUAGUCACCUUCCAGGAGAAAACACUGUGUUAGCGUUGUGAGUUUUAAAAUUUUGUAUUCCUGUAUCUUAGAAAUACACCAAAUUGUAUUAUACUUUUGAACUCAGAAAGCUAAUAUAUAUAUGUUUUUAAAGUUGAUCAGGACUGGGAUCCACAUUGCAGUGCAGGAAAGCUAACUGCUGUGACAAAAAAAUUAAGGUUCUUGAAGAGGUUUAAACAAACCUAACUCCUCCCACACAGUGGUAAAUUAUUUCUCUUGUUAAUGGAGAUGCUGUCUGUCCAAGAGUGGGCUCCUUAAGCGCAAGCUUUUGUUGUUGUUUCUUCGAUUUACCUUGACUUUGUUGGAAAAAAAAUAAGAAUUUGUUUCUUAACUGUAAACUUUACGAGUAAGUUACUUUUGGUUGCAGUUUCUUCUGCAAUGUUUGUAUUUCACUAAGUAAUGUUUGUUUCUAAUAUUUGUAACAAUACUGUGAUAUCACCAAAAGUUCAAAAUCAACGUUUUCUAAUAAUGCCUUGUAACUUACCUAGCCUUACAGUAUUUCGGAUUAUUUUCCACCAAAACUGCAUCUAGUCACUGGUUGUCACAAUUAUGAAAAAAUAUAUAUUCAUAAACCUGUAGCUUCUUGCUGUCAUUAAAGAUUAAUGAUACAAA